UGGUGACGUUUCAACAGUCGACUCGUUCUGAAGCCUCCAGGGCCGAGGCCUAGGUAAUUUUGUUGUUGUGAAAAAUUUCCAACCAAUGUCCAUUUUUUUGUGCCCGUUUGGAGCGGGGUCUGGACCUUAUGAGGCAUUUUCGCUGGGGGUAGACUGCGGAAGAAAACCACAAUAGUUGUAAAAGCCAGCAAGUUUUAGGAACUAACGUCAGCGCGAGGAAAUAAGGAUUGAAAAAAUAUGACAUCUCGGAGGUGGUUCCACCCCAAUAUCACGGGGGUGGAGGCUGAGAAUCUGCUGCUGACACGGGGGGUGGACGGGAGCUUCCUGGCCCGACCCAGCAAGAGCAACCCUGGAGACUUCACCCUCUCUGUCAGACGUAACGGAGCUGUCACCCAUAUUAAGAUCCAGAACACAGGGGAUUACUAUGACCUGUACGGGGGGGAGAAGUUUGCCACCCUGGCUGAGCUGGUUCAGUACUACAUGGAGCACCACGGCCAACUCAAGGAGAAGAAUGGAGACGUCAUUGAGCUCAAAUACCCCCUCAACUGUGCUGACCCCACCUCUGAGAGGUGGUUCCAUGGUCACCUGUCAGGCCGCGAGGCUGAGAAGCUGCUGACAGAGAAGGGGAAAAACGGUAGUUUCCUGGUCAGAGAGAGCCAGAGCCACCCUGGAGACUUCGUUCUGUCCGUCCGUACCGGUGACGACAAGACAGACAGCAGCGAUGGCAAGCCUAAGGUCACGCACGUCAUGAUCCGCUGCCAGCAUGACCUGAAGUAUGACGUGGGUGGAGGAGAGAAAUUUGAUUCUCUGACAGACCUGGUAGAGCACUAUAAGAAGAACCCCAUGGUGGAGACACUGGGCACGGUGCUGCAACUCAAACAGCCCCUGAACACCACUCGUAUAAACGCAGCGGAGAUCGAAAGUAGAGUGAGAGAGCUUAGUAAACUGGCCGAGGCCACGGACAAGGUCAAACAGGGCUUCUGGGAAGAGUUUGAGACUUUGCAGCAGCAGGAGUGUAAGCUGCUAUACAGCCGCAAGGAGGGACAGAGAGCAGAGAACAAGAACAAGAACCGAUACAAGAACAUUCUUCCCUUUGAUCACACUCGUGUGGUGCUGAACGAUGGGGAUGGAUCUGAGGCUGGUUCUGACUAUAUCAAUGCUAAUCUCAUCAUGGUAGUAACGGACAUCAUGCCGGAGUUGGAGUCCAAGUGUAACAGCACCAAGCCGAAGAAGUCGUACAUCGCCACGCAGGGCUGUCUACAGAACACCAUCAGUGACUUCUGGAGGAUGGUGUUCCAGGAGAACUCCCGGGUCAUCGUCAUGACUACCAAGGAGGUGGAGAGAGGAAAGAGUAAGUGUGUGAAGUACUGGCCAGACAUGUCAGCUCUGAAGGAGUAUGGAAUCAUGCGUGUCCGCAACGUCAAGGAGACGUCCGCUCACGACUACAUCCUGCGAGAACUCAAACUGUCCAAGGUCGGACAGGGUAACACAGAGCGGACAGUGUGGCAGUACCAUUUCAGAGCGUGGCCGGACCAUGGUGUCCCUACAGACCCCGGGGGUGUUCUGGACUUCCUAGAGGAGGUCAACCUCAAACAGGAGAGCAUUCUAGAGGCUGGACCCAUAGUGGUGCACUGCAGUGCUGGUAUCGGGCGGACAGGAACGUUCAUAGUGAUUGACAUCCUCAUUGAUGUCAUCAGGGAAAAAGGAGUGGACUGUGACAUAGACGUUCCUAAGAGCAUCCAGAUGGUUCGUUCCCAGCGGUCUGGGAUGGUUCAGACUGAGGCCCAGUACAGGUUCAUCUACAUGGCUGUCCAGCACUACAUAGAGACACUGCAGAGACGCAUAGAGGAGGAACAGAAGAGUAAGAUAAAGGGGAGGGAGUACACCAACAUUAAGUAUUCUCUAUCUGACCUGACGGGUGGAGACCAGCUGCAGAGCCCUCUGCCUCCCUGCACCCCCAGCCCCACCCCCAACUGCACAGAGAUGAGGGAGGACAGCUCUAGAGUGUAUGAGAACGUCGGUCUGAUGCAGCAGCAGAAGAGCUACAGAUGAGAUUCACCUUUGACCCCCACGCUGUCCCAGGAAUCUGUUAAAUUUUUGUUGCCAGCUGCACCUGAACACCUGAGACGUGAUCACGAUGACUACACGGAAAAGAAGAAAACGUAAAAUAACGAAAAACAAAAAUCUGAGAGAGGUCUGAGAGAACCGAGACUAACGGAGGGUUUUUUGUUCCCUUCCUCCUCCUCUGCUCCUUAUCCUCGUCCGCCCUUUCUCUCCAGGAACAGUAGCCCUCUAGUCCCCUAAACCACUGUGAUUAUCUGGAGAGCCCUAACGAGCUUAAUGACAGAACUUAAUAACAAGCCUAAAGCCCUAAACUUAACCUCAGCCUGAGUUUAGACCUUCUCAGACCAGACCCAGGCUGCUCUGUUCUCAGCUCACUAGAGGGAGAAUAACCUAGCUUACCUGUUCUGUUUGUCAUUAUUCCACCCUCUCUUUUUGGCAUGAAUUUUUCUUCUGUCUUGUUUCUUAUUAACCAAAGGAAAGAAAUGCAUCGAUCGUUUGUUUAUUGGGAAGUAGUGAGAUGAGUGAGCCCCUCUCAGAUUUGAGAAAAAAGGCCUGUGCCAAAAUAGUUUCAUCCAACAUCUCGGCCAACAGUGGUCUCCCUCUGCCCGGUUAAACCAGAGUGUGGGGGGGGCACUGUUUGCAGAGAAAAAAGGGAUACUUCCAGUGGUAAUGUUGUUUUCAUUUUUUUGUAUCAUGUUUUCUGUUACUGAAGGAAGAAUUCUGGGUAUUGUAGUGAUGUUAUUUUUUAAAUCUUCACCCCCCCUCAUACUAGAGUCCCAUUAACUUCCCAGUGGAUUUCUAUUCAGGAUGUUGGGGAGGAUUUUUUUGUUGUCUUUUUAAAGGCAUAUUCUUUGGUUUAUUUUUAUUACAUGUUUUUGUUGACAUGUUUUUGUUGUUGCCACAGUGAUACUCAGUCUCCCUUGGUUACCAUUCCCAAACUCGCACCCGAUGUCCUUAAUGCCGCAUUCACAUAGCACCGCAACAGCUACAGCACAAGCCUUGUACCUUGGGUGGAAUUGGCGGCUAGAACUCCCAGGGUGCCUUCUGUUCCCACUAAGCACUAAUGUGGGGUCUGAGGGUUGUUUCUGGAGGUGUGGUCGCCUCGCCCCAUACUGUUCGUAAGUGCUGUUAUAACAACGAACAGAAGAGUUGUCUACAGCCCCGACAGUGGGGGACGAGAUUAGAGGUAGGGUGCUUCUGUUCCAAUGUUACUGUGGAAACUGUUUCAGAGUUUCUGGGGUAACUUGUUGUUUAUGCCAGCCCGCCUAGCAACAUGCAUCGCCACUGAGAUGCGGCUGCCCCAAAAUGUUUUACGUUAUUUCUUUUUUCAACAAACAUAAUGAUACUAUUGCAUUUUGUGUUUUUUAGUUUGUUUUUCUGUUCUUUUUAAAGAUGAAUGCCUAUUGUGUACUUUUGAAGCACCACAUAAACUUAAUUUUCUCGGUUUUGAGAAGCUACCGCACAUUUUUGAUUUCUGGCAAUUUUCAUUGUCGUGGUUGCCAUGGAAACUACAGGUCCACUGUUGGUUGGCCGGAUUUAACUUGAUAGGUUAAAAGGAGUGCCUGGUCACUCUCUCUCACAGACACACACACACACACAAUUGCAAUCAGCUACAAUUCCUUUGUUCUACAUUUCUGUUUCACGGUUGAACAUGCAGUUUCAGUCUCUGUUUAUUAUUUUGCUAGGUGCAUCACACUAAACCACAUUACUUUCUCGAUCUGUUGUCCAUAUGAAACUAAGUGCUUAUUGUCGACUACAGUAUUCUGGAAAGGGUUGUUCCCAGGUUGAUAUAUUAAUUUAAUAUAUGUGUUUUGUAUGUACAUUAUUACCAUGAUAAAGUAUCUACCCAUUUCAUUUCAAAUGUGUAACAUAACGUUAGCUUUUUCGCCAACACGCCUCCCCUUCUACACAUUUGAUUACUGUUUUAAAGGUUGUUUUUUUUGUUUUGUUUUUUUACAUUGCAGCUCGUUUCCUAUAUAGUGCAGUGCACUGUUAAUGGCCAGAGCCUUAUGAGGCCAGAAGUAGUAACCUAAAUAGGAAAUAUGGUGCCAUUUCAGAUCAGCCCUUUGGGUAAUGCAGGGAGGGUUGAGGAGGAAGUUGUGAUAUUCUGUAUGUCCAGGGUUAUGUUCUCAUUCAUCCCCCUUUUCCCUAAAGUGUGCACUUGUUCACUCCCCCUCGUUGUAUUUAAAAAAAUAUAUAUUGGAUUGGUCUGUGUAAGUUUCCUGUCUUGGCGAUGAGGGAGGUCUAGAACGUUCCUUUUCUCAGACUCUCUGGGGCUCCAGGUACAAGUUACCCCUAAGCACUGAUCUAGGAUCAGCUUUGCCGCCCCAAGACCUAAGCUUGACCAUUCGGAGGAAACCUAUUUAACUGACUAGAUCAAUGUCUAAGGGCAACUUCAUCCUAUUCUGGGGAGUUGUUCUUCUGAACGGUUAGUUUGUUUCUCUCCUUUGACUGAGUUCGGGGAUCCUUAGUAUCUACUGUGCUGUGUGUCGUGAGCCCGUUCAUUGUACUGUAGGGUGUGUUUGUCGAACACUAGUCUGUGGCGUGCUUCUGGUGUUUAUGUAUCGUGGUGUGUUAGGAUUUGUGUGGGUGUGUGAGAAAGGGUGUGUGCGUGAGAGAGGGUGCGUGUCCAGAGAAUACUGGUGUUUCAGCUGCCUGCUCCUCGAUGCCUGGUCAUCUCUUCUGGAUUCUGUUUUCCUCUGAUCACGAUGAAAUGGCUUUUUUUUUCUCUCUUGUUUCGUGUUUUUGUUUCUGUCACGUAAAGCGUUUACAUGCAUAGAUAUGCCUCCCUAUGCAUAUGCAUUACAUGUGUUGGUUAUACUCUGAGAAACCAGUGCUCUUCAGUCUCACCUCCAUACUUAACCUGAAAACACUUUAAUGUGAACUUCUGUCAACCCUGACAGCAUACAACAACAAAAAAAGGACAAAUGUUGAACUCAAUGCAAACAAACGAAACAAACUAUAUUUUUUAACUUGUAUAUUGUACAUUAAUAUCUUGUAGAGGAGAAUGUACUUACUAAACAUAUCUAAUUGCCAAUAAGAUGAACUGUCUGUGUAAUCUAAUAGCUCUCUACCCUGUGUCGUGGAGUUGGAGCUUUCUCACAAAGCUUAAGAGGUUUAUCGUAUUGUAUUUCAUUGCAGGUAACCUGGGUAACUUCCUUGAUAACGAUAAUAAACGGCAAUGUUCAUGCCUCAAAACGUC